AUGCCAUCCGUCCUGUUUUACAGUGACACCCUCAUCCCCUCAGCUACUCCAGCACAUCCAGAUGGGCCUGUUCCAUCGUGGCCAGUCUGGAAAGCACCCCAUCGGUGGCCAAUACUAUUCACCUGUAACACUUCCCCCGAUGAUGUAGAGGAAAUCCUCCACAGUCCCGCCGGUAGCGGCCUUUUCAACCAGGGCGAGGCCCUCAAAGCACUACAUUUCGUACAGUCCCUCCUCGAUCACUCCAACAGCCUAAGUUACCCCUCUAAUGGCGCUAAUUUAACUCUCACAACAACCCCAAUGCGGCCCAUCACUCAACAAGAAAUUGCGGUAAUAACCCCUUUCCUGACCCAAGUAACCCACCUCCGACGCCUCUUCCGCGACCACAACCUCCACUCCGUCAACAUUGGCCCCGUCGAGGCAUUCCAGGGCCUUGAAUCGCGCUUCCUGAUAAUCUGCACGACACGCACGCGCGCCGAGAUGCGCUUUAUUCAGCAGGACCAGUCAUUCGGCUUAGGCCUGGUUGGCGAAAGACGUCGAUUCAACAUGGCCAUGACCCGGGCGAAGGAAGGGUUGAUCGUAAUCGGCAAUCCGGAUGUGCUGGUUGGCGUGUCGAAAGAUGAGUCGUGGCGAGCUUUUCUUAGCUUUUGUGCCAGGAAUGGGUGUUGGGAUGUUAAUGAGAGUAGUGAAGAUGCGGGCGUGAAGAUGUGGGCGUGGGCAGAUAGGUUGGCUGGUCAUCGGAGGCGGGGGCGUGGGAAUGUGAAUGGAUAUGGCAAUCGGGGUGGAAAUGGGAGUGGGAGCGGGGAUGAGAAUGGGAACGGCAAUGGGAGCGGCAACGGGAACGGGAACGGCCUUGCGGCGCAUGCAGAAAAUUAUGAAGAGGAGGACGAUAUACGACUUCAGGGGUAUGUGAGCCGUUUGGAGCGGGGUUUACUUUAUGCGCAGAGUGCAAAGGAAGGCUAUGACGGGGUCAGCGGGUCCGUUGAUGGGGAGAAUUCGAGAGAUGCUACAGGCAGACAUUGUCUGAAGGGAGGCCGGUGCGGACAAGAGAAAGGGAAGGGUUAUUUGGGUAAGGAAUGGAAUACGGUUGAUGAUUAUGAUGCGGCUAUGUGGACGGCGGGAAUCGCGGCUGAGGAGGUGCUACGGGGUUCGCUUGAUGACUGA